AUGAUUCACGGAAACGGAUCUCCUGGCGCUGCCAGCAGCAACCAUUCUUCUGAUGGGGCUGCCUCUCGUCAUGGUUCUCCGGAAACCAAACUCACUGCAUUCUCUCCAGAGGAUGUCCGCAUGAAGUCGCUCCUGGACAACGGAGCCGGCAUUGGCCUUCGUAGAGACGAAGUCAUGGCUUUUACUUCUGCCCAUUACCCUGGACACAGCCAGGAUCCAUUCAUGACCGCUUCUGGGGCGAAUGCUCGAGUUCAGCUCUCUCCGACUGCAAGCCCUUUCACCCCAGCUAGCUAUAUUCAAAGUGGCUUUACUGGAAAUGAUCGUAUCUCCGCUUUUUUGAAGCAAAACGAGAUGCAGCAGUCCAGAAUCGGUUACUUGGCUGCGAAUUCUGUCCCAGAGACUCCAUUUACCCCAAAUGGUUCCCUCACUCGCAAUUCUCCUCCACGUUUCGGGCCAAUUGGGCCAGGCUCUCUUAUCCCCUUGGGUUACCCUAAACAGGAUGAAGCGGCUGUCGGAAAAAUGAGAUAUUUGACAGCUACCUCUGAGCCAGAGACCCCCUUUACUCCGAAUGGGUCCCUCGCUCGAAACUCUCCUGCUCGCCAUGGUACUAUUGGGCAACCCUAUGUGGUAUCUGCACCAAUUCAAAUUAUGUAUUGCCAAAUUGGCAUUUUUGACAAGGUCAACCGCAACCGCGCCUUUGCCAUUGAUGGUGCGCCUAUGGAUUUGGCUUACUUGACUAUCGUUAGCCUUUUUGAUCGCCAUGAGUUUAGCACUCUCAAAGGUCCCAUCCUCACUGAACUGGGAACCCAUGGCCGAAUUUACGCCGGUUUUACUGAUAGCCGGGAUGCCAGAGCUGCUUUUGACAAAAUUCAAAAGACUUAUCCUGCUUGGUAUUUGCAGCCUUUGACUGCUAAAGAAUUUGCUGGAAAACACGAUGCUACUCACGUAGCUACAACUUCUGAUUACGAGGGAUAUAUUUUUGCCUCAGUCUACUUUAACGGUCUCCAGCCAGGUGCGGAUGGGCGCGUCAUUUCCCAUAACUUCAAAGAUAUCCUUGAGAAGUUUGGCGACAUCAAGGCAUUUUGUACCAUCCCAACCGAACAGAACCACGUUAUCGAUUUCAUCGUCGAGUUUUUCGAUACUCGUCCUGCUGAGAACGUCGCAUCUACCCUAAACGGAAGCUCAGUUGAUGAUUGCAUUCUUGAGAUAAAACUCUACAGACCUGAUGUUUUAGAGAAUCAUUAUCUUGACCUGGAACGAAAGGAUACCUCAGAAUCCUUCCCUAGACAGCCACUUGAACGUCGAAAUAGCAUUGAGAACCAAUAUGUCGAACUCAGUCCAACCGGUCGCUCGACCAUUCCGAUUGGUGACCCUGUUAGCGAACUUACCUGGCUUCGCAGAUCCGAUAACAAUCUUUCCUCCCGACCUCGUCAUGACUUCGGACGUCGACAUGAACCGCGUCCUAACAACCAAAACUAUGUCGACAUUGAGAAAAUUCGUCUUGGUCUUGAUGUUCGCACUACCAUCAUGCUGCGUAACAUUCCCAACAAGAUUGACCAAAUGAUGUUGAAAGAUAUCGUUGAUGAGACUAGCUUCGGCAAAUAUGACUUCAUGUACUUACGUAUCGAUUUCGCCAACAAUUGCAAUGUUGGCUAUGCCUUCAUCAACUUUGAAGAUUUUGCCAGCGCUCGUGCCGGCCGUACAUGGUAUGGUGUCUUUUGA